CUCACUCACUCACUCACUCAUAUGGCAGGUGUGUGUCGCCGCUGCAGGUGUGUGCGUGCGUGUGUGUUGGCCAGGUGUGCGUUAAUAACCAGGUGAAUCGUGACGCCACACCUGGAGAGAAGGUCAGUGGGAGACUCCAGGCGGGGUGAGACGCGUGCUGUGAUUGGUCCGUCUGGCAGCUGCGCCCUUGCUGAUUGGCUGGUGUGCGUGGGUUGUUGCGGACUGCGGGGACUGUAUUGGGGUGUUCCUGACGCCCACACGCAUACACACACACAAACACUCCUGGCUGGUGUGUUGGGGCGUGUGAGGCUGAGGGUGUGUGGUGGUGUGGUGGUGUAGUGUGGUGUGGUGUGGUGUGGCAGGGGCGGCAGGUACGCGGCCCCCUGCGUGGUGUGUACCUGCGUCCCCUCGUCCCUCGCGCGGGCCGCCGUACGCAGGCUCGCCUCUUGCCAGUGUGCUCCGGAGGGUCCUCGCGCGUGGAGGCAGCAGUGUGGUGCGUGGCGGCGGCUGGCGCUCCGAGAUGGUGUGUGUGCAGUAGUGUGUUGUGAGCCGCGCGGUGCCGCCGACUAUGUGAGCCAGUGCCCUGACGCCCGCCGCCCGCCCCGCCGCCCUCAGCCCCGGCCAUGGCCAAGUCUGUGUGCGUGUCGUCCGUGCUGCUGCUGGUGGCCACGCUGGCGGGCGCCACCGAGGGCGAGACGGCGAAGGAGUCCCGGUGCGAAGAGAUCACCAUCCCUAUGUGUCGCGGCAUCGGCUACAACACCACCUCCAUGCCCAACCAGUUCAACCACGACAGCCAGGAGGAGGCGGGCCUGGAGGUGCACCAGUUCUGGCCGCUCGUAGAGAUCCUGUGCUCGCCGGACCUCAAGUUCUUCCUGUGCUCAGUGUACGCACCCAUCUGUAUCGACGACUACGACAAGCCCUUGCCGGCCUGCAGGAGUGUCUGUGAACGGGCCAAGGCAGGCUGCGCGCCCAUCAUGCACCAGUACGGCUUUGAGUGGCCUGAGCGCAUGGACUGCUCCAAGCUGCCCGAGUACGGCGACUCGGACCACCUGUGCAUGGACAAGAGCAACGGCUCGGCCCCGGAGCGCAAGACCAGCAAGAUGUCCACCACGCUGGACAAGGAGUGCGAGGGCAAGAACUCCCGCUAUUGCCACGACGCCUGCCAGUGUUCCUGCAAGCUGCCGCUGGUCAAACCGGACGCUGUGUACCGCCACGCCGGAGGCGCCAACCACUCAUUCAGCGUGGGCCCCGUGGCAGACUGCGCACUGCCCUGCCACGCCGUGUACUUCAAUCCCGACGAGCGCACCUUCGCGGGCGUGUGGGUGACCACGUGGGCGGUACUGUGCGGCGUGUCCACCCUCACCACCAUCACCACCUUCCUCAUCGACAUGGACCGCUUCAAGUACCCCGAGCGGCCCAUCAUCUUCCUGAGCGGGUGUUACUUCAUGGUGUCCCUGGGGUACGUGAUCCGCCUCGCCGCGGGGCACGACUACGUGGCGUGUGACGGCAACAUGAUCAUCUACAACUCCAACCUGGUGCGCCACAACCCGCACGACUCCGGCCUGUGCAAUACCGUGUUCCUGCUGGUGUACUUCUUCGGCAUGGCCUCCAGCAUCUGGUGGGUGGUGCUGGCCUUCACAUGGUUCCUGGCGGCGGGCCUCAAGUGGGGAAACGAGGCCAUCGCGGGCUACUCCACCUGGUUCCACCUGGCGGCGUGGCUCAUCCCCACCAUCCAGAGCAUCGCGGUGCUCAUGACGCACGCCGUGGACGGGGACGCCGUGGCGGGCAUCUGCUACGUGGGCAACCAGGACAUCACCAACCUGCGGGUGUUCGUGCUGGCGCCGCUAUUCGUGUACCUGCUGCUGGGAUCCUGCUUCCUGCUGGCCGGCUUCGUGUCACUGUUUCGCAUCCGCAACGUGAUCAAGCAGCAGGGCCGCACCAAGACGGAGAAGCUGGAGAAGCUCAUGAUCCGCAUCGGCGUAUUCAGCGUGCUGUACACCGUGCCCGCCACCAUCGUGCUGGGCUGCUACGUGUACGAGCAGCUGUACGUGGCGGAGUGGCACGAGGCGCUGGUGUGCCCGUGCAGCCCACACCGCGGCCAGCGCCCCGACUACUCUGUGCUGAUGCUGCGCUACUUCAUGACGCUUGUGGUGGGCAUCACGGCGGGAUUCUGGAUCUGGUCCGGCAAGACGCUGGGCUCCUGGCGCCGCUUCUACCGCCGCUUGUGUCCAGCCGCCCACGCCCACACCUACGACUACCCCACGCGGCCCAUCAAGCAGUCCGCGGCACCUUCCUGCGGCUCCUUCCCGCCGCCACCCCUCAGCGCGCAGGGCACCGCCGCCAGCGUGGCGUCACACCUGGGGCCCGUUAGCAAGACGCUGCCACUCUCCCACGUAUGACAAGAGAGGGAGGAGGCGGGGCGGGGCGGGGGGGCCCUGAGCACCGCGGGGGGCGGCCCGCCCAGCCUGGCGCCCUCUGCCCCCCCUAGCGUCACCUCCCCACACGUCUACGUGGAUCCCCGCGACGACUUGCUGCCCUACGACCUGUGAGGUGCAGCCCCCUGGCCGCAGAGCCCCCGCCCCCGCGCCCCUGAGGGCCAAGGGGGCACCUGCCCGCCUCCUGGGCACCACACCUGUGAUUAUUGUAUCCACGCCCCGCGGCGCCAGCCCGGGGCCGCUGACCCGCAGCGCCGCGGCGCCAGUAGGACCUGAGGGCCACAGUGCCUGAGUGCCGCGUCAGUAUUGCCGCCAGUAUUCCCGGGCGCCGCUUCGCCCCGCCCCGCCCCGCGCCGGGCACAGACAGUGAUGCAUCGAGGCGCGACAGACAGACAGACAAACUGUGCAGUGCUGGGUGUUGCCGUGUUCAGUAUUGCUGUGUGGUGCACACACGCGUACACACACACACAUUGUACACACACUCACACACACACGCACACACACACACACACACACACACACACACACACACACACACACACACACACACACACACACACACACACACACACACACAGACAGUGUACAUGUGUACAGAGGCAGUGUGCGUGCACAGCGCCGCGCCGCCAUGUUUUGUAUGUCAGGCUUCAGCUCCAUAUUUGCAUAUCAUUAUACAUUAAACCUAUGCUGUCACUGGC